AUGGGGGCAAAUGGCAAUGACUUGGCAAUCUUGGCUGCUUGGGGGCGGGCGGGCGGACGGACGGACGCGCGGGCGGCCGGCGGCAGACGUGCACAGCCCGCCGCCGCCCAGGCAAGACCUGAGGCCACCUUCCCGGCAGCAGAGCCGGCACCUCCAAUGCGACGCCGAUGCCGCUACUGCGUUACAUCGAAGCAAACGCCGACGCCGCUCAUGCACCCUAAUCAGCGCCACCAACCAUCCAUGUCCACGACACCCUGCUGGUCCGCCGCUAGGCACGCCUCCCCGGUAUUGCGACGUUCAUCGACAUCCGAGAUACCAGAGCAAUGGGCCUUCGUAGCCAGCCACGCGAUCUCCCUGCUGCGCGUUCAUCGUCUUCGUUACCAGCAUGGUCGCUUAGCGUACCUAGCCAGGCCAGCGGCAGUCCGUUUGGUACGAAGAAUACAAGUUCCAUUCCCACAACAGGAUGGGCUUAUUAUGGUGGCAUUCAUGGAUGAUCACUAUCCUGUAUGGACUGCAUUUUCUCUCCUGAAUAAGACAUGGGACAAACAACACAUCAUCUACCAGGUUUUGGCAUGAUAGGCCACAAAGACGGUGAUGCUGCAACUACGGAUGAUGCCGCCGAUCUGACCCGAGAAGCCCCUGACGACCUCGUCAUGAUUGAGCCCUGCACAACAGCUUUGCUAAGCCGAGGGUGCCUGCUGACGCAACGACACGACAAUGCUCUCGUCUGAGCCCUUAUACCCUGCCGAUUCCUCCACAAUGUUCAUGUCAAGCCGCGACCAAACCUCGGUGAUUUUCACUUAUUUUUCUUUGAUCCCUGAGCCAGUAUAUUUUUGAGUUAUAUGCAUAGGUCAGAGGAGCAUGUUACCAUAUGCAUAGGUCCACAAGCCGGAAGGUGAAGGUCCCAUGGUUACACAAUAUUGCAUACGUGAGUCAAAGAGGCUGAAAAAUAAAGACGGUAAAGAGUCCAUGGCUACACAUUAUUUUUAGUAAUACAACACAUGGUCAAACUUUAAUUGUUAUGGUGUUAUAUUUUCUUUUUGGAUCAACACAUGA